CGGUUGCCCAACGACCACCAUCAUGCCACCGUCCUCCAUGAACACCAUGAACACUCUUGACUAUCCCAAGGAUCUCCGUCAUAAACAUCCCCACGCCAAAAUGUUGACUAGGAAGACCCCAUCCAUUGCUUCCACCAUGGAUCAGCGCUUUUCUUUUUCUGCCUACGUACCCGAAUGUCACUCUUUCGACGGCCCCAGUCUACCUUUACUGGUCGUCAUCCAUGGUACCAGACGUCAGACAGAAAGAUAUGUCAACAAACUUGAACAUUUUUGCGAGCUUCACGGUGUCAUUCUUCUUUGUCCCCUCUUUCCUGCUGGGAUCAUCGAAUCUGACGAUCUAAACAACUACAAGGAUAUCCUUUACAAAGACAUCCGUUUCGACUCUAUCCUUCUCUCCAUGAUCCACCAAGCAAGUCGGAUAUGGCGUAUCGAGACGGACAAAUUUUUCCUACAUGGUUUCAGCGGAGGCGGCCAAUUCACACAUCGAUUCAUGUAUCUACAUCCCGAAAGAAUCGCUGCAGUUUCGAUUGGCGCUCCUGGACGAUUUACUCCUCCAGAUUUAUGCAAGCCUUGGCCUGCAGGAGUUGGUAAUAUUUCAGAGCUGUUUGGGCCAUUCAAAAGCGAACGGCCCGAUUUUGAACAGAUGUCUCGAGUCCCUGUUCAAUUUAUUGUGGGCGAGAAGGAUACGGAUGUUUCGAUGCUCGAGUCGAUUAAAGAUCCCAACGAUGCAGAGAAAGAAGCAGGGAAGACGAGGGUUGAGAGAAUUCGAUGGUUGAAGAAGGCAUGGGAGGCGGUUGGUAUAUCGUCGGAGCUGACAGUCGUACCGAAGGUCGCUCAUGACGGUAUAAAAUGUCUACCUGGAGUUGAGUCUUGGUUGAAGAACCACUUGCCGACUGGAGGGAAAUGAUGAACCAGAAAGGUAGCUCGCUUCGAUCAUUCAUAAUUCAACAUACUCAUUAUGUGGGAAGCUAUGAGAAGACAACGAGUGUUUUGGGCUCUGAGCAGCAUCAAGUUAUAGAUUACCUUUGUUCGUGUAUUCGGUCCCGUAGUGUAGCGGUUAUCACAGUGGAUUCU